GAGAGAGAGAGAGAAACUUUGAGGAAAUUACCACUUUUCACCUUGGUGUAUGUCAGGAAAUCAUUGAGAAUUCUGGUAGAGUUUGAACGUUUGAACCUUCCUUCCUUGGUCCUUCCUCAGGAUAAAGAGCGGGCAGCCCAUAUCCUGUAUCAUGAGCUCUGCAGCUCAAGGCCCCAGAGUGCAGGCAAAGUGAAAAAGGUGGUGAACUACAUGGCAACUGCCAUGCUGUUUGAUGAUCAUCAGUUUAUCUCUACCUUUCUUAUCAUGUACUCAAGGCACGCCACCACCUGGCAGGUACUGGAAAUGAUAAUGAAAAGCGCAAUAAUGCACUUCCUGGCAAUGUGGAUUGAGAAAUAUCCAGAGGAUUUUUUAAAGAAUCUGGACCUGGACAGACUGAAAAAGUUCAUGGACUAUGUGAAUCUCAACAUGCCUUUUUCAUACCUGGUCAUUCGUGUAGAGGACCUCUUGUCAAAAAAGGAGGAGCAGGAGUCCAAGAAGGCAACACCCAAAGAUGAGGAGGCCUGUGAUCCGGAGCCCUCCUCCGGGGCAGUAGUCUCGGGGAUGCCAGAGACUCUGGGCCCUAGACCAACAUCUUCAUUGAACCCUCAGGGGGAGCUGGAGCCCCUAGAGGGUGCUGUGGUACCUGAGAUCAUGGCACACAGUGUGUCUGCAGCCGAGCCUACACAUCUCCUGACUGCUGCAUUAGAGGAGGAUCUGCCCACACCAGCCCAUAUACAGCCACCUCCAGAUGUGGCUGUAGAUGCACCAGCUCCUGGACAGGGAUUUCUACCUGCUACUGGCAACUUAGAAAGAGCAGACCACGUUUCACCUCUACCUGAGUUUAACUUGUUAAAAUUGAGAAUGACCUACUAUGUAAAAGCCAGCACCACCUGUAGAGCAGAGGUGGAUCACCCACCUGUAAUCCAGGUUCUCAUUUAUUGUUACUUAUUUUAUUAUUGUUUUGUUAUUUUUAGAUUGAAUUUUGAAUAUUAGGAUA